AUGUGGACGACCCUGAACGGUGAAUUUCGGGCGGACGCCGACGCAGCGGGCACAGCCACCCUACCAUACAUGGUAAUCGCCUUGAUGGUGCCGAGGGCGCGGCACAGCACAUGCGCUCGGCAGAUGCCGUCGGUCGGCCUCCUCGACCCUUCCCCCAUGAUGUCCCAGCUCCCUGGCUCAGAGCACAGCGCAUGCAGCGCCGCUCGCAUCUCCGGCGUCUGGGGCUUCCGUGGGGCGUGGACGAUCGACGGCAGUGAGAUUAGGCAGGGCGCGAUGAGGCGAGGGUCGCAGAUCAGGCUCCCACAAGCUGGCGCCUCCCUCCCCAGCUCCCCCUCCCGGCUCCCGCAAUCUUCGGUCUAUUCUGGCUCGCCCUCGGGCUCGGUCGACGCGUCGGGCAUCUCCCAGAAGCCUCGGCGUCAUGCUGGGGAUGCGCCGCGUCCGUGCUGGCGUGAUCUCGCGAGCGUCAGUCACGGCUGGCCUACCGCCCUUGAGAAGAUCCGUCUCUCCCGCUGGCGCCAGGACCGGGUUGCCGCUCUUCCGUGUGAUCAGCUCCCAUGCGUAGGACGACCGACCGCAUCGAUGGCGGCCCGUCGUGCAAAUGAACCAACGUCCCACUCGAUCACCAUGGUCAGCAGAGACCGCCAGCGGGUUCUCAAGAGUGCUCGGCCUCGGAGCGACCUCCAGCUUGCGUUGAAUAUUCGUCUGCUAUUCGACCGUUUGCUGCUCAGACCCGCCGGUGCUUCGACGAUCACCUUACCCAACGGGAGCGAUCUCUGCAACCCGAAGAUCAACACGACGUCGAUCCUCGACUUUGUCAACGACGAGUCGGCUGCUGCGAAGCUGGUGGCCGUGCGGCUGUUCAACUCGGACGGGGCAGGCCUGCGAUGA